UAUGACACGUCUUACAACGUCAAAACGUUGCGUCAAAAGCGGAUAUUCUUGUAACGAGAUUUUAAUAGGAAUUUAAUAGGACUAGGUAUUUAUAUGAAUUUCUGUGCUUUAUUUAUACGCGCGGUUAUAGAUCAUCAUGCAAAUUAAUAUCUUAAUCAGAUCCGCGCUGGAUAUGCGACGUGGACAGGUGCGUUUAUGCAAUGUCACGACGCAAUAUCGUGACGCCAAAUGCGGCUUUUAACGCCAACAUUGCAUGACUGCUACAUUUUUUUCAAGUAUCGUGUGUACGAAUAUUUGCAUAAAGGCCAUGGCGAUGAAAAUGCGACACGCGAUCGAUGUUCACGUGUGCAUUACCUCAUUUCGAUGUGGUGAUAGCUCAAAAGAAUUCCAAAUUCUUUUUCGAAUUCUUCUUCGUUCGUUCGUUACUUGAUUUUGGACGAGAGACGUAAACAUAAAUUAGGCUUAUUAGGCUUUUAUUACUUUUAUUUAGUAACAUUUUAAAUGUUACUAAAAACCAUACGUACAUAUGUAUACAUAACUGUUGUACGCGUACGUAUAAUGUAUCAGUAACAUAGAAUAAUUCGUGCGCGUCGCUAAAUAAAUGAUAAAUAGAGAUUGUCUUUCUGGUGAGUGCACGAACGUGACAUUAUCGUACGAUAUUUACACAUAUACUUCGAUCUUAUCCAUCUAGAUUACAGUAUUACAGUAUUUUUGCGAAUACCGAGUAUCCGAGUAGUGUACCACACUCGGCGUCGCUGCAUUUCGAGGUAGUCGUUGCUGCAGUACGCAUAGCCGUUAAAGCGUAAUGCACAAGUGUCGAAGUAACACGGACAAAAUUAGAUUGGACUCGUUUAGCUUUCUUCGGUCCGAAGAUCAUCCGCGUUGUUUCCUUUUUGUCAUGCUAAUGUCCAUCGCUUUCGUCCGUGUGGUACCGUUACAACGUGCGGGCGAUCAAUCUGGUAUUUUAAAAGAUGUCAUGGACCGGCAAAGUCAACGCGACAAAUCAUCGAGAUAUUUAAUACCUUGUACAGCGACGUUUAUCGAGGAAUAUUUCGAAUACCCGGAGCAAAUAUCAUUUUUACUACCGGAUGCGCUGCAAGACAUUUCCGAUGUCGUAGAAUUGUUGAUGAACAAAUUGCGCAUAACGAGCGCAAUUUACACGUUAAACGUCAGUCUAAAUGUAGCGAAGACACACGACGCUUUGACAAACGCUGUUAUUCUGUCGGAAAGCGGAAUCGCUCUCGACACGAACGAUUCCUCCUUUGUCAAUAAUUGCGAGUACGAUUGCAAUUUUAUAAUAGUGCUAACGAGUCUGUUCACCGAUAAAGAAAGCUUUCUGACAGAAGCUGCGACGCUCGUACAACAACUGUCACCGCGAUCGAUUUUCAAGCUCGCGAUAUUGGCGUCAGUCGGAGAUACGGUUCUGUUCGCCAGCAGUCUCCCAGUCCGGACCAACGAAUCGUACGCACUUGCCGAACCAGCAUUUUCAGGCAGAUGCGAACGGGAAGCUACUGCAAUUCGAUGGCAGCAUUUUGCGAAUAAAGCGAAAUCGUCACUCGGUACCAUAAACGUGGCGAUGUUCAAUAAUUUUCCAUUCGCGUCUUUCAUCAACGACACGGACCACCCGAGUUACGGUGGAGUCGAAGGCUCGAUGGUGGAAGAAAUUGCACGUAGCAUGAAGAUCAAGCUAAACAGAGAAGUAAUGGAAUGGGUAUCUGAGAGUGCUACGACGAAAACAGAGUUAUAUCUAAAACUUCAUAACGCGACUAACGAUUUGGUGUUCGGUGGUCUCUUGUGGGAUUUCAGCCGAGAUGUCACGUACACGACUUGUUAUGGUAUGGUGCGUAUUAGCUGGCUAAUACCGUUCGAAACGAACGUUUCUCUACGUGGAUUGAUAUCUCCAUUCGGUGCAUACGUUUGGUACGCUAUAAUUUGCGCGCUGAUCGCCGGUGGAUUCGUUAAACUGUUUUUUAUUCGUGAUAUUACGUUCUUGGAUAUCACGGGAUUGAUUUUCGGUGUGUCGGUAUUUCGUCAGCCGACGAAAAAUUCCGGCAGAAUUCAAUUUAUAUCUUGGACUCUAUUCGGUUUCUUCCUCACGCAACUUUAUUUAGGAUCUCUGGCUGAUUUUCUGAUGAGUACAUCGGAAAUACAGAUGGAUUCUAUGGAAGAAUUGGUUAAUUCAAGACUAAAGAUAGGUGGGACUCAGCGAUUUAUGGAUUUGUUAAACACGCCUGAUAAAGCCGAUCUGGAGGAAAGAAUUGUGCCGAUCUGGAGGAAAGAAUUGUUGAACGUUGAAAAAAUAAUCCGUGAGAAAUUCAUUGUUUUUAAUCAGCGCGAUUUUAUUAAUCAAUUCCAGGAUCUCGUGGAGGGAAGAAAUACAAGUUUUGCUCUUCUCGUAAUGUUGAAUUUGACAAAUAAUCGUGGUCCGGUCAAUAUAGGACACGGUCAUAUUUUGAAAGAGACCGUCGGCACUUAUCCGUUGGCCUUCGCCACUUGGCAAGAUUUUCCAUAUUUGAAAGAAUUUAAUUUCAAGAUCCAAAUGCUCGUUCAAACUGGUCUUGUUGAAUUUUGGUCAGAUAUGGUCAGAUUAAACGAAAAUAAUUAUCAUGUGGAAGAUGAAGAAGACGAUUCCAAACUUGACAUUGAAGAUAUCACACCGGCCUUUCUCCUUUUGAUUAUGGGAUAUCUUGGUGGAUGCUGCCUGCUGAUUAUAGAAGUUAUUUUUUAUCCAUCCAAAUGGUUUCUGUAAAUUCAUUUUUAAUACUUUUAGGUAAAUAGACGGAAUACACUCUCCGUUGAAUUAUUUUGCGAUUCUCGUGAAUUUGUUCACGAUUUCUAAAAAUGUGAAUAUGUCUUGUUAACGCGAUGUCUCUUUUUCGUAUGCAAUAUUGUAUAAUUUGAAAUGUGAUGGAAUCUUCCGAAUCUUUAUAAUUUAUUGCUUACUGUAUGCUAAUACACAAUUGUAUGCUAAUACAUGCUUUGAAAAUGCGACUCGAAACAUAUAUGUCAGAUACAUUUUUCAAAUCAUUUUAUUUAAAUAUGACACC